GGAUACGAUGUGAAAAUCUUUUUUCCUCCAGCAUGGUCACCUUUUCUUGUGGGUCGUAUUUUACCAAAGCAUACGUUUCUAGAGGGAUGGUAAACGUCAGUUUGACAUUUAUACCGCAUGUUGUCAAAACAUGUGAAAUGCGCUGUGGGAAACAGAUUCACCACUACGGUCUACACAGCUUUCACUGUAAAAAAUAGCUUUCGGAAUGGCGAUUGUGAUAAAAACAUCCUAUUCUACCAGUUGUGUGAGGAUUUAGCCAUUCCCAGGGAAUGGCUUUAAUAUUCCGCUUCCAAGCUACGGACGUUUCGUGACCGUGAAAAACGGAGUGCGUGAAGGAAGCGUGUGAAUUUGCAGAAGUACCCUCUCUCUCUCUUCUCCCACACCAGCAGCAGUCAUUGCACCGCUGCUAACCAUCGUUUGUACGCGUGUGUGAAACUAAAAGUGAUUGAUUGUGAAAUUGGUAGUGUACCGCGGGCGAAAGGACACGCAGUACACUAACACACGUACGAAAACAGGAUUCAACCGUACCAAAGCCUACCCGGCAUUUCACUCUGCAAAACGCUGAUGUUAUCAUACGCUGCUUCAUUUUGCCGGUGGUGGUGUGUUUUCCAGUGUAUUCUUUUUUGCGUUUCCUAUCCGGAUUUUCCUGUAUCAUUCACCACGCAAAGUAAUGGACUAGCUUUAAGCUAUUUGCAAGGAGAUUGUGGUACUGUGCAAGGAUAGCGUCAUCAUCGUCAUCUGUGUGCUACCACGCCGAAGGCGCAAGUUGCAGUCCCUGUACUUAGGCCACGUGCAUUCCACUCCUCCACACAAACAGGCAGUUCCGGCCGGCAAAGAACAAAAGAUGAGCGGGGAAGAUUUUAUUUAUAGCGCCAUCACGAAUGAUAACAUGAACGCGUUCGACCUGAACGUAAUCGCCAGUACCAUCGUCAAUACGGACAAGCUGGUGCGUCAAAAUAAGCAGCAGAAGGAGGAAAACGAUCUGCUGCGGGAAAAGAUCACAUCCCUGCGUGAAUCAGCCCUGCAGAUAAAGAACCUGUACGAGGCGGAGGUGGCCAAAGUGGUGCGUGCCGAAGCACAGCUAGCAUCUUACGUAAGCCAAUGUAAACAGUUGGAAGAGCGGUGUUUGGAAGCCGAAAGUGACAAGAUCAAUGCCGAUCUUAUACUCAUGGAACGGUUAGCGGAAAACGAUCGGCAGCAUGAGGAUAAUGAGCGACGCUAUCAGCUGCUCAUUACCGAUCUCAUACGCUACUUCUCCCUGCCAGGUGAUCCUGCCGAUACCGGCAAAAAACGCGACCUCAAGCAACAUCUAGCGGUGCUAGACAUACUCAACCUGCCGGACGAUGUGAAAUCGUUCAUUCUGCAAGCGCCCUACUAUCGUAGUAAGCGGCGAAAAGUACGCACCAAGUCUGCUACGAUGAAGGACCAAGAGUGUCAAACGUCGGUAAUGGAAGUGCGAACUAGUGCUAACAACACGGACCAAUCAUAUCCGGUGCGACCGGAAGUAAGGGACUGUGGAACAGAUGCGUUCGAAGCUACACACUUGCCUCAAGAACAACCGAUCAUGAAAACGUUCUGCGAUAAAGCCACCAUGCAUAGCAUGUCCACGAUCACCCGGGCAACGUGUACGUCGGUAUUCAUCAAGCGUGUCGAUGUCGGGGUAAACUUCCCCGAAGUGACGCUCAAAUCGGUGGAUGAAAUUCUUCGCGAAUGUGUCCCGCUUCCGCCGCUGCUUCUUUCACCCAUCACGGAUAUUCUGCCCAUGUACGAAUCCGUUAGCACGCAAACUGAUCCAACCAUUCCUCGCAUAGAAAGGGCCGCUCCUGUCACUUGUGGAACAAUGACGAAUUUGAAAAACAUUCGCAAACGCAUCGAUUACCGUUCGGUGGAUGGUGGCGGUGGCAUGGCGUCCUUUCAGCAACAGUACACAUCCAUGGCAGAACAACUAUUUGGUAAAAUCAAGCAAGAAGAUUAUCCUUCUUCAGCCGAUUUCGACUUCAACACUCGCGAUACGUUCGGUAAUAUGCAUCCUCACCUUUCUGCCAUUUGGAGGAUGUUAGGGGAAAGCAUAUUUCUGGUGAUGAACAGUGGCCGACGGUUUGAUAAUCAGUGCUAUAACAAGCUAAACGAGCAGCUCGCCACCAUACGCGAUAUGAUCGAAGCGGAUGGGCGCCGUGAAUCGGAACCGAUGAGUGCCAUGUUUUCCAACGUGCGUGCGACGGUAGUGGCAGCUGCUGGGUAUGGUAAAGAACGAAGCAACACACCGCUUACGACGCCAAAUGUUCUACCCCAUACGGAGUCAGCUCGCCAAACGCUAUCAGAAGAAGGAUUCGAGUGUCCAGUGCCUGAAGAGGACGGUGGAGUGGUGGUCAUUGAAAAAGAAACCGACACUGUGCCGGUGAACCAGCAGAGAUGUUAUUUAGCAACCAAAGAGUUAAGCAAUAACGAUGCAGCAGUAGUUCAAGUAGAAACAGAGACAGUUUCAUCCAGUUCUUCGGAACAGCAGCUGGUAGAUCAACAAUUGCAGUUGAUGGAGGAAGGCGAGGAUGAUCUUCUAAAGGUGUCCUCGGGAACGUCCAUUAUCGAUCCGGAUACUGAAACGUCUAGCCAACAAACGUUUGACAAUCCUCCAGCGCAGACAUCAUGUCAGCUAGAAAACAUGUUACAAGUAGCAAGUGUGCCUGAACCGGAAUUAGCAUAUAAUAUCCCGACAGCAGAAGAUGAAACACUAUUUUCCGUACGUUGCCCAUCAACACCACCCAAAGUGGCAAAUGUGACGAGCUGCUACUCUACAACUACUACGGCAACAUUCGUCUCUCCGAUAAAGGUAAAGGAAACGAAUCAGUUGGUAAAGGAUCAGUUCAAAACACCGACACAACUACCGAUUAGCAAGCGGAAGGUGCGAGCAAGACUUUCAGAUGACUCAUUGCUACCUCAUGCCUCGAAACGGAUGCGGUUCGUCGCGGAACCGAGUUCGGGGCGCACAUCACCUACGACGGAGUUUUUGCUGGAAGACGAUUGGGAUCAAAAGUUUUCCUCUAUCAAGGCGGCUAUGGUUGGCCCGUUGAAGGUGGCCCGUUCUAUCCCGCUGUCACCGAUCACCGAUCGGUUCGAAGAGUGUGUUGAUCUGGAGAUAGAGCGAGAGGAUAAUUUGCUGCUCGAAACGAAACAGCUAGCAACUACGCUAACAGAGCUGAGUAAUGCGCAAGACAUGGAGGUAGAAAAUAAUACAAUAACGAGUAUUAAAUCAACCAUCGAUCGAGUAGUUGAAGAAAAAGAUUCAGCUGAAUCUUCCACCGAACCAAAAGACGUAAAGUCAUCGGAAGACAACACUACACAGCAAAAACUUGAAGAAUCACAUAAUGCGCCGGAACCGAUCGAAAGGAGAUUAUCUAAAGAAGAUGACACACAGCAGGUGUCUAAUGAAACGAACAAUUCUCUGGUACAAAGUCCGCCCACUGAAAGGAGGUUGUCGGAAGAAAUCGAUAUAGAGCCAGAGACAACCGAUCCACCAGAGAUCGUAUUGGCCGUUGAAAAGGUCCCCGUAAAUAUGGAUACAUCCACCAAGGAUGACACAGAUGAAAAGAACGAUGUGUUGCCAAAUGCAUUAGAGGAUGGAGAGAUCAGCGAAGAGCUAAACGAUAGUUUUAACAGUAUCGGUGAACUCGUUAUCGAUGUCGAUCCGAUUACGGAUAAUGAUUGUACCGUUUGGGAUUCACCAAUGUCACCACCGGCGCACGAAACGGGUCUAUCGGUAUCAGCGCCUCCACCACGCAUCAUUCGUUGUGAGACGGAUUCGCCGCUUUCGCCACCACUUCCCAGUGAUCGUAAACCAACAUCGCCUGUUACUCCGCCGCAAAUACCACUGUUUCAUGCCGCUCUUCAUUCGCAACUACGCCAAGAGGUGCAAGAACGGAGCGAACCGAUCUAUGCAUUCAUUGCGCUUCACAAAGCGAAAAAUGGACACGAAUCGAGCAUCAAACCUAACGGCCAGCUCAAUGCACAGGAAAAACAGGUUGUACAGAAGCUGUCCGAGGUUUUGGCAAACUAUCUGCAGCGACCCGAUUGGACGGAGAGCGCGGUAAACGAAACGAUAACGGCAGUGCUAAACUGCACACAAGACGUACGCCUCAUGACCCUAGCCUUACUGGAAAUGGUCAUUUCCUGUGCGGAUAUUACGGUGAAUGUGCUUUGCUCACCGCCCGCCCCACCUCUACCGUUAGUACAACAAAAGCUCAUCCUUAUUGUGCGCCACCUGGGAUACGGUCUCGAAGGGCUAGAGCAGGUGCUGAUGCGCGAGCUAGACCGGCGGAUGUUUCAGCUGAAAGGGGAAACGCUUCCGCUGGCUGGACUGAUCGCACUUACGUUUCUUUACAUUGGCCUGGAGGAUAGCAAACCUUCCGAGAUGCCUUGGAAGCGGGAAUAUAAUGUUCGGCUGUACAUCUUCAAAUGUUUGUACUAUUUCGGGUUUAAAGGUUUACCGCUGGUGUACUACCUGUUGCGAGCGUUCCCAUUCGCUCUACCGAAGAAAGGUAGUCCACACUACGACAAUGCAGAUGCGAUGAUCGCAACGAUACGCACGAUCCUGAUGAACGUGAGCUAUACGGACAACUGUAUGGGAUCGCCCGAAUCGGCAAUGUUCCGGAAACGGGAAUUACUUUGGUUGUUAAAGAACACUUACGGAUAUCAGCAGGGUAGUCCAACGUACGAAGAGCUUGUGGUGAACUUGGUUGACAAGAUCCGAGCCAACAAACUGCGCAAUGUGGCGCACUCGCUGAUACUGGUCGCCAAACGGAAUGGUUUCGAUUGGGCUCGGUUACACAUCAUUCAGAAACGUAUCUAUCCGCUUCUGAACGAAUACCUGAAGCAAUUCGAACUAAUGCGAGCAAGCACCGCAACUGGUUGCCCAUCGUCAGCGGCAGUAGGUACCGCUAGUAGCAGCGAAACUAUGACCAGUCUGGAUGAUCGAAUCGUGACGUGUAUCUUCACGAUUGCCUCCAUCAUGAAAACGCAACCCUCGAACGAAGAUGCGUCCCGGGUGAUGCAAAUUUUCACCACCAUUGUGCAGCUGGCAGAAGGGAACCGUGUGAUUCAGGAGGAAGCAAUUGCAGGACUGAUAAAGUUCAGCCGCUUCGGAUUUGUGGACAUUUUCCAGCGAUUGAGCUGCUGGAACCCGGAUUACCCGAUCAGUGAUCGGAUCAAGCUGAUGCUGAUGACGAUGGUCUACCGGAAACCGCCUCUCUUCUGGAAGCAGCUAAUACAGAAUCGAAUUGUGUGAAGGGACACCAGUGUCACUGGUGUGUAUUUGUGUACAAAGAGGGUUUCCAGGGCGUUUUAGCUUCUUUUUUUAGAACGAUCCGUUACUGUAAUCACACAUCGUUCAAUGCGCUCUCAUUGCGGGUAUCACAAGAAGAUCACCCGACGUUCGAUUUCUGUGAUUAAGAUUCAGUUGCUUUUUUACUCAGUCAAUUUGUCUCCGUAAGUUUUACCUUUAUUUUUUCAAUUCCAUUGUUUCCUCGCUUUUGAAGGAAUGAGUUUUUACCGCAAGCAGAAACAACAAUCGUGCUGGUUUUCUUUUCUUGCCAGUUCCUGGCUGAGUUGAGUAUGUCUUGAUGAGCUUUUGUUUGAACAGGGUUGUAUAAAAGAUGAAUUGUAGGUACAUAAUAAAUUAAAUUAUAAUAAAAUUUAUUUGAAUUGUAUAGUGCAAAUAAAAAAAAAAACGUAAUUAUUCUUUACA